AAGUUCAAUGUCUGAAGCUGGAGGUAUUGCUUCCGUUCUCCUGCUCUUCUUCCAUGUCCUCCUGUUCUCAGGUAAGGUGGAUUCAGCAACCUUCACGAUCCUCAACAAGUGCUCCUACACCGUGUGGCCCGGCAUCCUCUCCGGAGCUGGCACCCCGCCACUCUCCACCACCGGGUUCGCCCUCCAGCCUGGCCGGUCCGAGGCCAUCUCCGUGCCCUCGUCCUGGUCCGGCCGCCUCUGGGGCCGCACCCUCUGCGCCCAGAAUGCCACCUCCGGCCGGUUUGCCUGCGCCACGGGGGACUGCGGCUCCCCCACCGUCGAGUGCUUGGGGUCGGGCGCGGUGCCCCCCGCCACGCUGGCUGAGUUCACCCUCGACGGCGCGGGUAGGCUGGACUUCUACGACGUCAGCCUCGUCGACGGCUACAACCUCCCCAUGUCGGUGGACCCGCGGGGCGGGAAGGGCGGUAACUGCACGGCGACGGGCUGUGCCGCUGACAUGAACGCCCGGUGCCCCAAGGAGCUCCAAGUAAACGUCAACGGCGGGUGCGUGGCUUGCCGGAGCGCAUGCGACGCGUUCGGGGACCCGAAGUACUGCUGCAGCGGGGCCUACGCGACGCCGGACACGUGUAAGCCGAGCGUGUACUCGGAGUUCUUGAAGAGGGAGUGCCCCAGAGCUUAUAGCUAUGCGUACGACGACGGGACGAGCACGUUCACUUGCGCAUCCGCCGAUUACGUCGUCACUUUCUGUCCUUCGCCGUCGACCAGUGUGAAGACGGCGGCCGAUCAGCAGUCUGGGGUGGCGCCGGCAUCUGACUCGUCGGCCCCCGCGGCAUUGAGCUCAUUACAGGCCUCCGCAUCUGACCGCAGAGGACCGAAACCCCCACCUUUUGUCGCUCCGUUCGUUUUGGCGGCAGUUUGGCAGCUGUUGCAACUACUUCGUCUCUGAUCACUGCUCACGGCAGCGGCGAAGGCGACGUUCGGCCGGCCGUUUUACUCCGAACCUUCUUAUUUCCCCGUAGAGACC